CACUGACACCUCGCAGAAAUGGGCGCGUACUAGUUUUGUCGCGUCGCUUGAAGGCUGUCAUUUGUCGGUCUCCUCCUCUCAAUCAGUGUGAUCAGAUGUGAUCUAGCACCUGUGUGUUUGAGUGUGACCCACGGGAGCCUGUUGCUCAUGUGUGUUUUGGAGCGAUCUGCUUCUUUGCUGUCCGUGAUUAUGCGCGCAACUGCACGAUAACGCUCAUAUUUUGCGUCUUUGCGCGUUAAUGAUUAUAAAGAGGACGCUUUUCGGAUAGCUGCAUGUUUCUUGUUUCUUCAUGUUCACAUCCUCCACAGCAUCUGAUGAAGUUUGGGCGCGUUGUAGAUGCACUAUGUGAUGCGUUUGUGAUCUAGUCACCGGCGCGUCUUGAGAAGAACAUCGAAAGCAACAUCCUUGUUAUUUUGUUUCCGCGAUGUCAAUCAAAAAACCAGCAUUGAUGGAGAAUGGGGUUAAAAACGGAACAUCGAGAAAUAUGCUGGAGCGAUGCGCCUCGGUCAAUGAGUAUUUUGAUGUUGCCUUCAAGGUGAUGCUGCUGGGAGACUCGGCAGUGGGGAAGACCUGCGUCCUGGUGCGCUUUAAAGAUGGUGCCUUUCUGGGAGGCAACUUCAUAGCCACAGUGGGGAUAGACUUUAGGAAUAAGGUGGUGACUGUGGAUAACAUGAAGGUCAAACUCCAGAUUUGGGACACAGCCGGUCAGGAGCGGUUCCGCAGCGUCACUCACGCGUACUACAGAGACGCUCAGGCUCUACUGCUGCUGUAUGACAUCACGAGAAAGUCCUCCUUCGACAACAUCAGAGCCUGGCUGACUGAAAUCUAUGAGUACGCACAGAAGGAUGUGGUCAUCAUGUUGCUUGGCAACAAGUCAGACAUGACUGCUGAGAGGGUCAUCACACAUGAAGAAGGGGAGAAGCUGGCUAAGCAAUAUGGAGUCCCUUUCAUGGAGACAAGUGCCAAGACUGGUGUCAAUGUGGAACUCGCUUUCCAUGCCAUAGCAAGAGAACUGAAGCACAGAAAUCUCCAGCAGCCCCACGAGCCCAAGUUCAAGAUCCACGAUUACAUUGAGUCACAGAAGCAGAAGUCCAGCUGUUGCGGCAGCCUCGUGUGACGGCCCUCCUCCACGUCUUCAUCUGGUCAACACCUGAGAUAUUUCUACACAAAGACGUGUGUGUGUGUGUGUGUGUGAGAGAGAGAGAAUGAAACGUGUGUUGUUUUGAUGUGUCCAAUGAUCCCCCAGACCCCUCUUCGCUUUCUAGUCAGGAAUAUACAGCCAAAUACUGCUGAGGUACAUCAGAGUAAUAAGCUUCUGGAGGUCUGCAUUAUAAACUGCAUUAAUCCAGGUGUGUACAGUUUCCAGGUACGUUUGUCUGUGUAACAUGGUUUUUCCGGGUUUCUCUGAUGGUUAUAGCCUCUGUCUACACACAGUAUAAAAUAUAUUGCUAUUAAAUUACAUUAUACGCCAUGCAAAUGUGCUCUAAUUGGGCAGUGGGCUUGUGUCUGUAGUGUUUUAGUCAAAAUAUCAGCUUCUGUUAAGUAUUAUGUUUACAAUCAGUGUGUUGACUUGAAAACAAUCAUAGCACAGCUUGACAGAGUCAGGCCUGAUCAUGAUGUAAUAGGGGUUUCGUUUCGCAUGUCACACUCACUAGUAUGAUUGUCAGACAUACCCUACAUAGAGAUUAAUGUGAAAUGUGAAAAUGGGCUGUAUUGUAAAAUAUUUUACUAUUAUUUUAUUUUCACAGUGAUCACAAAGUGCCAUGAGAAUGUCCAUUGUAACCACGUACACGUGUGUUGUAAGAGAGGACUUUUUGUUUUCAGUGCUUUGUUUGGGUGUUUUCCAUCGUUUCAUUCAUUAAUAUUUAAAGCCACAGGGGGGCGGUGUUACACACUGAGAAUUACGAAUAAAUAAUGAGCUUAUCGAUUUAAUUGUUGCCUUACCUUUCAAGUUUAUAUGUGUCCUGUACUUUUAAAUAAAGUGAAUUACGUGAACGUCAGGUUGACCUAUGGGUCUCGGUUUGGGUCAAGAGAAGAUGAACAAGUCUUAUUUAAAUGAGUAAAUGCUUGUGCUGUACUAUGUAAGUUGUUUUGCAUAAAAUCAUCUGCCAAAUGAAUAAAUGUAAAUGUUAUUUGA